AAAUUGUGAUAGAAAGCGAAAAUCUGCGCCUCGCAGCUCCUGCCGAGAACCACUCGCUCUACUUUGCACAUUACCUUUGUCUCCGUGACCACUAGCCAUCGCCAUGUCGAGCUGCGACUGCGACAGGAAGACCAGCAAUGGAGGCAACUGCGACUCCAGUUGCAAGGAGUGCGAGCCCUCCUUCUCAUUCGAGACGAGCACAAGCUCCAAGGCAUUCUACUCGCCGGUCCUAGAGCUGGUCGCAUCCAGGGUGGGCGGACACGCUCAACUUUCCUUCGAAGACCUCGGGCACACGCAGUAAUACAUCAGGGGACUUCGUCUGAUGGACAUGCUAUCACGUGGUGAUGUAUAAUAAAGUGUUCGGGGUGGGCCUAGAGCAUGGAACCGCAUGAAAGUGGAGCUGUGCCAUGAAGUUUCACAAACACUCACUUCCAGACACUCACACCCUGAUGUAUGCCAGUACCUCGUUAACGAAGCUCCAUCGUAAGGAAGCUCCUGUAGUUCUCCUUCGGCUUGUGUAGUAUGACUUGUAUAGUACCUUUUGCAGCUCAGCCCUUGAACUCAGCCCUCGAGCAAACGCAUGAAUGUACUAGAAUUCGAAGAAGGGUGAAUAUGACAAUAAGUCCAUGCGUAGAGUCCAUCCCCUGGAGGCAGGACAUUUGGAAUGCUACGAAUGCUGAAUAAAAGGUGUUGCUCUUAAAGC